AUGCCAGACAUCAACACCCUCCCAGGCUCGUCCACCCACUCCCGCACCGCCUCAAGGCGCGCCUCGACAAACCCAAUGCCGCCCCCUCCAAUCCCGACAUCCCCCUCUGUGAACAUCUUGCCCUCGAACCAAAAUGCCGUCGCCGGCGGACAGAUUCCCUCGCCGCUGCCCUCGCCGCAAAUGUAUCAGCCCGCACCAGCAGCCGCGGUGCCCUUCGCCAGCGUCGAGUCGCUUUCUGGGCCAGGACCGCUGCGUCAUCCGAGGCCGUUGACUGCUGCCGAGCUGCAUCAGCAAUUAGAGCGUGAGCAGGAGGCGGUUGUCAACCGUCUAACACGCGAACUCGCCCUGCUCCGCGCAGCGCAAAACGCCUCCGUCGUUUCAAACGCAUCCUCCACCUCCGCCAGCGCAACAGGCCCCGAAAACACCCCAGCUCCAGGUACAACAGACACGCAUCUCCUCUCUGGGGCAGGCUACUCGUUCCCCACCCCCCGCCACCACCGAACAUCCUCCAACACCAGCGCCCGUAGCCAAACAGCAGCCCUCCUCAGCACCUCCGCCGACGCUCGCCGGCCCUUCCACCCACCCCCUCCCCACGACCUCUCGCGCCACAGCAGCGUUUCCCACCGCAGCAGGGCGAGUUCACCCGGUCCGCAAAACGUCCACCUCGGCGACGGAUCGUUGCACUAUCUGCAACAACAGCGCGUGCCGCAUACUUCGGUGACGGGAAGCUCAGUGGCCGCGACACCCGGGAGCGCGGCGGGCGAGCCGCCGUAUUCUCCUGGGAUGAUACAGGGCACGGCGAGGUAUGAGGAGACGGCGUUUUAUAGGUCGGAGUUAGAGGUGGCGAAGAGGGAGAAUGAGGUGCUCAAGAGGAGAAUUAGGGAGUUGGAGAGGAUGGUGAGGGAGAGGAGGGCGAGUGAUGCGGGCUCUUCGAGGCAGAGGAGCGAGAGCGUUAGUACGGUUGCGAGUGUUAACGUCUCGGGGGCUGUUGGUGGCGGUGUUGGGAUCGCUGGGCCAAGGGAGGGAGGGAGGGCGGUGGAGAGGGAGAGGGGGGUUAGUAUUACGGGGAGUGUUGCUGUUGGUGUGCCUGAGGAGGAGCUCAAGGUUGGGGAGAGUGCUGCUAGUGCCGGACUUCGUUGA